CACCUUGACAGCGCGCGAGUUCCGGGUAGACCCGCUAGAGCCGCUAACCAUAGACUGGUUUGAUAGAAUCACGUGUACCUAUCGUGAUGUCAAUCAACGCGAGUGUCUUAUAUAAUGCCGUAAAAAUGUCAGGAAAUACAUGUUUUUUGUGCCGCUUGAAGAAGGGAAAUAUACUUCCCUUCAACCCUGCUACAAUUACAAACGUUUCACGUAUGUUGCGUUUUCGGAAGAAAAAAAAAUACAAGUAUCACGAUAUCAAUAUACCAGAUAUUGGUCAACAAAAUGUCGGUUACCACCCUGAGUGCAAGGCAAAAUUCAUGGUUCUGAAGAAAAAAUACAAGGAUGAGUUCGAAGAAAUAUUAAAAAUGGAUGAAAAAUUCGCUGCAUCGACCCCAAAGCACCAAGAGGAAGCAUUAUUUUCCCUGAACGUUUCAACCAUCAGUAGUGAUGCGGAUGAGCGCGUUGAAGAUACGCUUGCAUUUUCGUUGCCAAAUGAUAGUGACAGCCCUCGUCAAAACUGCGUUUUUUGCGGCACCGUGCAAAAAAGAAGUGGUGCUCGUCUAGUAAAGGCUAGGCCAUGUAGUUCCCAAAGUACAAUAGAUAGCAUAAAAAAAUUGCAGAGAAUAUGGAUAACAAAAAAUUACUUCAACAAUUAGGAAGUUCAAAAACGACUUUUUAUCAUCCAGCUUGUUUUAGUUUAAAUCAAACCAAGUACUCGAGACAGUUAUCUGAUAAUCUCAAUAUAAAAGGCGAUUGGCACGAUUUAAGAAAUAUUCAUGCAGCUGCAUUUGAAUCACUUUCUUCUUUCAUUCAUGUUGAAAUCAUUGAAAACGAAAGAAUUU